UGUCGGUUCGUCGCUUAGCGGUGCGUUGAAGUCACGCUCAAUACUCGAAGCCGAAGUGGCGCAUCUCACUUUGCGAUAACACGCAGCUAAACCAGGUUCAACGAACACCCCAAAAAAAAUGAUCCAGAAAGUUAACCCCACCACCACCAGCCGAUGGGUUCGGGCCGGAGCCCUUACGAUGACGCUGGUAGUCCUGCUCCUGAUUGUGCCGUGCAGCGCGCGUCCCGCCAUCGAAGGGGACGAAUCGGCUGACGGGAAAGUUGUCAAUCAAAGCGCAAACAUCAACCUGCCACGGUCAAGCAUACUGGACAACAUUUUCAACAUCCCGAUCCAAACGCUGAAGGCCGUUAACGAUCUGGUGCAGAGCAUUGCUGGAAAUUUGCAGCAGGCCGGUUCCGGUACCUACUUCCGGGCACGCUCGAACAAUGUGCGCAACAUUAACGUGAACGUGGACGGCGAUGAGACCGAGAACGAGGCACUGGUGGCGAAGAAGAAAGCAGAUGGGAAAAAUUAAAGCACCCUCCCGCCAUUGGAUGGCCUUUCCUGCGCAGAGCCCCGGUAUACUGGCACGCUAAUUGCACGAAAAAAAAAAGGGCACAUAGAAGGUGCCAAAUUGCAGCGGGUGCGCAAUUGCGCGUAAUUGUAAUGCAUUACCGUUGCACCGGCGGCGUAAUUGUAAAUAUUGAUGUUCUGUGAUCGCGGUGCGAGGGUUCCCUCAC